AUGUCACAACUCAAGGAAUUCACCCUUUUCAGUAAGCUACCCACAGAGCUUCGCCUUGCGGUAUGGAGAUGCUAUGCCCUGCCAAAGGGACCACUGGUUCAUGUCAUCUCCUCGGAGGACAGACGUCUCACCGGUCGCAUAGACACGAAUAUCGAUGCUGCUCAUGACGAAUUGAUGUGGACAACCCGAGUUGUGCUGAGAGUCAACCAGGAAGCAAGGCAUGAGGUAUCACAAGGCCGCCAACUUGUCAGACUUGUGCAGACAGCAAAGGCUCUUGGUUACCAUUCCGGGUCCUGGCUCAAAACACUGCACAAUCCCGAUUGGCCUCAGCUAGGCUAUUUCGUCGGACAGGACAGAUGGAAUCAAGAGCCGCUUUUCGUGAACUGGGAUCUGGACUUGUUCUAUUUCAGGAACGUACGCAUGUAUACGCAUUAUUACCACGAAGAUGCCCUGCAGAGAAUCAAGCUGAUGGCUCUCGAAGUCAUUCGCUCUAACAUCGGCCACGAAGAGGUGGCGGGCGGGAGUACCAUCUUUGACAACUUCAGGGAUGGAGCCAGCCAGUCCGUAUUCGAUCUAGAGACAGCGACGCCAUAA